AUGAAUAAUUCCGACGAAGAAGUGAUAAUUUAUGAUUCUACAGAUUCAUUAACUAUUUCAGCUGCCAUGCUAAUUUUUGCUGUGAGUUUGAUAUUUCACAGAACUUCAGAGAAGUUAUAAAACUAAAUUUCUAUAAAGUUCUCACUUAUUCUUUUUUUUUUUACUUCACGGAACCUACUUGAGGUUAUUUUUUAUGCUUACGAUUUAACAAAGCGAUAGAAUACUCAUUGUUAAUUUUACUUCCAAAUUAAAUCAAACAUCGCAAUAGACUUUUUUGACAAAAUAAAUAUAAUUGAUAGUUUUUGAAAAUACCUACCGUAUACUUUUUGGUCUUAUUGAUAUAUGGAAACAAAUAACAUUAUUUUAUUAUAGAACGGUGUUUUCGGUGUUGUUUGCAAUUUUCUAGUAUUAAACAAUUUCCUUAAAAAUCGGAAAGAAAGGAAUUCUUUCAAUUUGAUAUGCGUUUUCCGAGCCUAUACAAAUCUUCACGUUCUGAUAACUUUAUUCCUUGCAAUAUUUUUACCUAUAACCCUAAUUGGUACUUCUUUCUAUAAUCCAGCAAUUGAAUCAUCUCUUAUAUCUUUUGGAAUAACUCUUUAUUUUGUUAAUGAAUAUGGAGCUGUUGUUAUUGCUCUCAACAGAUUAUUUGCAUUAUAUUUUCCCUUAUCUUAUUCAAAAGUUUUCGGUUUGGUACCCACACUUUGCUAUAUUCUUCUCUUGAACUUCUACCGAAUUUUUAGAAUUAUUCAAGAGUUGAUUUAUUACAUUCGUAAGUUUGAACAGGAAUUUCCCGUGAACCCUUUUUUCAGCUCUGAAAUGUUUUCUAUAUUAUGAUGCCUCUCAACUUACUUGGUCUCCAACUUUGGAAGAUCGAUGUAUUGAUUAUAAUGAUAAUAGCCUUUUCUAUCAAUUUGGUGGAAUUUUCAUUGCAAUUGCAAUUUGCAAUAUUUGCUCUCUUUCGAAAAUUUGUAUUUUCUACACCACAGAAACGAAAGAAUCAAGACAGAAAAUUAAGAAAAAUAUCCAACUUUUUGUUCAAACUUGUUUCCAAGAUUCACUUUUUCUGGUUGAUAUUUUAUUUACUUUCAAGUUGGCGUAA